GAGGGCCAGGUCGGGAUGGCUGCAGGCGCGCCGGGGCCGGGAGCGGGCCCUGGGGCCCAGGAGAAGCGCUUGUGCUCCUCGCCGGCGCUGCUGAGUUUCUUCAUCUACAACUGGCGCUUGCCGCGCGAAGGAGAGGAGGAAAAUAAGAUUUUAUUUUAUCAUCCAAAUGAGGUAGAAAAGAAUGAAAAGAUUAGAAAUGUCGGAUUGUGUGAAGCUAUUGUACAGUUUACAAGGACCUUUAGCCCAUCAAAACCUGCAAAAUCUUUACAUACCCAGAAGAAUAGACAGUUCUUCAAUGAACCAGAAGAACAUUUCUGGAUGGUCAUGGUUGUUCGGAAUCCUAUAAUUGAAAAACAGAGUAAAGAUGGAAAACCAGUUAUCGAAUAUCAAGAGGAGGAGUUGUUGGACAAGGUUUAUAGUUCAGUGCUACAGCAGUGCUACAGCAUGUACAAGCUUUUUAAUGGAACAUUUCUGAAAGCCAUGGAAGACGGAGGCGUCGAGCUUCUGAAAGAAAGAUUAGAGAAAUUCUUCCAUCGGUAUUUGCAAACGCUACAUUUGCAGUCAUGUGACCUACUUGACAUUUUUGGUGGAAUCAGCUUCUUCCCGUUGGAUAAAAUGACUUAUUUGAAAAUCCAGUCCUUUAUUAAUAGAAUGGAGGAAAGCCUGAAUAUAGUCAAAUACACUGCGUUUCUCUAUAACGAUCAGCUCAUCUGGAGUGGAUUAGAACAAGACGACAUGAGAAUUUUAUACAAAUACCUUACCACCUCCCUUUUUCCAAGGCACAUGGAGCCUGAGUUAGCAGGAAGGGAUUCUCCAAUCAGAGCAGAAAUGCCAGGAAAUCUUCAGCACUAUGGAAGAUUUCUUACCGGACCCUUGAACCUUAAUGAUCCAGAUGCAAAAUGCAGAUUCCCCAAAAUUUUUGUAAAUACAGAUGACGCUUAUGAAGAGCUCCAUUUAAUUGUUUAUAAGGCCAUGAGUGCGGCUGUGUGCUUUAUGAUCGACGCCUCUAUCCAGCCAACACUGGAUUUUUGCCGAAGACUGGACAGCGUCGUCGGGCCCCAGCUCACGGUGCUGGCCUCUGACAUCUGCGAGCAGUUUAACAUCAACAAGAGGAUGUCUGGGUCUGAGAAAGAACCCCAGUUUAAGUUUAUUUACUUCAACCACAUGAAUCUGGCCGAGAAGAGCACAGUUCACAUGAGGAAAACGCCCAGUGUGUCACUCACUUCCGUGCACCCGGAUUUAAUGAAGAUUCUCGGUGACAUCAACAGUGACUUCACCAGAGUGGAUGAGGAUGAGGAGAUCAUCGUGAAGGCCAUGAGUGAUUACUGGGUUGUUGGAAAGAAGUCUGAUCGGCGGGAGCUCUAUGUUAUUUUGAAUCAAAAAAAUGCAAACCUGAUUGAAGUAAACGAAGAGGUCAAGAAACUCUGUGCAACGCAGUUCAACAACAUCUUCUUCUUGGAUUGACUGAUGAUGGCUCACCGAAAGCGUAUUUAAAAGACACUCGGCAAACAUUUGGUCAUAUGCAAGUUACUGGUCAUACGACGGACUACAUUCAGGACAAGGGAAAAGCAAUACCUGCUUGGAAGACUCACAUUUCUACUCGGUCUCCUGCUCUCCUGAGGUUUUUAGAUUUUAAAUAUUUAUGUGGAAUUAAUUAAAGGUAGUUGACUCUAUCUCUAUCAUUCCAUUCUUUUGACAUUAUGUGAAUAUUUUACUGGAAAAUAAGAUUAAUAAAUUGUUAAAGUUUUUAAAAU